AUGUUGGCACUUAUUCUUCUGGCAGUAGUAUCUUCAGUAUUCGGUGCACGUCCUGGAUUCCAUGGUACCGGCAAUUUAGAAUGGAGAGAUUGUAGUAAUUCUGGCGAUUCAUGGCUCAAAGUAAAUAAAUUUGACAUCUCACCAGCACCAAUCACUAUUCCUGGUUCCAUGAGAGUCACCUUAGACAGUAACCUGAGUCACCAACUCAAAGAUGCUGUUACUAUGGAUGUCGUCAUUGAGAAGGAAUUGUUGGGUGUUUUCACCAAGGUUGUCUGUGUUAAAGAUGUUGGAACUUGCCAUUAUGACGAUCCCUGCCAUUUCUUAAACACAUUCAAAGGUGUUGGAGGAUGUCCUAAACAGUUAGCAGAUAAUGGUUUACCUUGUACCUGUCCUUUUAACCCAUCACAAAUCAGACUUCCACCAACACAAUUUGAUGUUACUAAAGUUUCUAGUGAAUGGUCUUUCUUAGCAACCGGAACUUACCAUAUCAAAAUCUCCAUGACUGAGAAAUCCAGCAAGAAAGUUAGAGGAUGUAUUGAAAGUUUCUUGAAAAUCAGUUAUAACAAAUUAGGUUAA